AGUUUAACCUUUUUUUCACUUUGCCGAGAACAGAAGAGAAAGAAAAAGGGGAAAGGGGAAAAACGAGAAUUGAGCAUGAAGGCGACCAAGAAUCCGAUCCACGCGGUGUGGUCAUGGGUGAGGAGGCAACCACCGAAGGUGAAGGCUUUUCUCGCGGUGGUCACUGGCAUGGCGGCUUUGGUUCUGCUCAGAUUCAUUGUUCACGAUCACGACAAUCUCUUCGUUGCCGCCGAAGCUGUUCAUUCCAUCGGGAUCUGUGUUCUCAUCUACAAACUCAUGAAGGAAAAGACUUGUGCCGGAUUGUCACUGAAAUCUCAGGAGCUUACGGCGAUAUUUCUAGCUGUUAGGCUGUAUUGCAGCUUUGUAAUGGAAUAUGAUAUACACACCAUUCUGGAUUUGGCUACUUUGGGAACAACUCUUUGGGUUAUAUUUAUGAUCCGUUUUAAGUUAAGGGCAAGUUACAUGGAGGACAAAGACAACUUUGCUCUCUAUUUUGUGCUUGUGCCCUGUGCUGUGUUAGCUGUGUUGAUCCAUCCAUCGACUUCUCACAACAUAUUAAACAGAAUUUCGUGGGCAUUAUGUGUAUACCUUGAAGCUGUUUCAGUGCUGCCUCAGUUACGAGUGAUGCAAAACACAAAGAUUGUUGAACCGUUCACGGCUCAUUAUGUUUUCGCGCUUGGAGUAGCAAGAUUCCUUAGCUGUGCCCACUGGGUUUUACAGGUUGUGGACACGCGGGGACGAUUGCUUGUCGCAUUGGGUUAUGGAUUGUGGCCAUCAAUGGUUCUAAUCUCAGAAAUUGUUCAAACUUUCAUCCUGGCUGAUUUCUGUUACUACUACGUCAAAAGUGUAUUCGGAGGACAGCUUGUUCUCCGGCUUCCGUCUGGAGUAGUAUAAGUUUAAAAGAUAGAAUACUCCAGUGAAUGUAAUAUCCGAUGAGCUUGCCGGAAAUUCAAAUGGGGGAAAGACAGCUCAAUUUUAAUCUACCUCUGAUCCUACGGUUUAUGUUUCUGGGGUGACGAAUUAAUUUUACUGUGUUAUGUAUAUUUUUGACUAUUGAUUUGGUUUUUC